AUGAGCAAAAACAGAGAGCUUUCGAGAGAGGAGGAAGCCGAACUGUCCAGGAGCAAGAAAAAGGUUAAGGAAGGGCACCAUGCUGAUUUUAAUGAGGAUUUACAUGAGAAUGGACAUUUGCAGGGAGGUUCGAGCUCGUGGGGGGCUGAAAAGAAAACUUUUAAGGAUAAAUUGGUAGGAGAGAUUCCAGGAGCCUAUGCCAAGGCUUUUGACUUCUCGGACCUUAUGGACAUGGAGGCGGAUUCAGAUGAGGAGGUGGAGGAGCUACGUGAGGGGCUAGCAGCGGUGAAACUUACGAGAGAGACCAAGCUCCGUAUUAGGAAACCUUGGACAAAUGCGUUGAUCAUUAAGAUGUAUGGCAAAGCUUUUAGUCUUGGUGUUAUCCAGAGUAGGCUCAACUUGUUAUGGAAACCGGCGGGGUCUUUGGACUGUGUUGAUCUUGGUAAAGAGUUUUAUUCAGUUAGAUUCUCAUUGAAAGAAGACAUGGAUGCAGUUCUUAAAAAUGGACCUUGGUUCAUUGCGGGACAUUUUUUAUCCAUCAGGCCAUGGGAGCCUUUCUUCAAACCGAAUUGCGCUAUUGUUUCGUCCAUCACAGUCUGGGUUAGACUUCACGCAUUACCUAUGGAGCUGUAUGAGGCGGAAGUACUUAAACAAAUUGGUGAAGCUAUUGGGAGAGUUCUUCGGAUUGACUCGAAUACUGCCAUGGAAGCUAGAGGGAGGUAUGCGAGGCUUUGUAUUCAACUAGAUAUUACUAAGCCGCUUAUUAACACUGUGCUCAUUGGAAGAUUCGAACAGCCUGUGAUUUACGAAGGGAUUCAUAGCCUUUGUUUUUCAUGCGGGAGGAUUGGGCAUAGGAAGGAAUCUUGCCCGCUCACCAUUAAAAAACCAGAGGCGCCGGCGGAAGGUGGUCCGAUUGGCUGCGAUGUAGAGAAGGGUUCGUACCAAGGAGCGUAUCAGCGUGGCAUGCAUGAUCCGCACAGCUCUGGCACAGGUAGUGGAACCUCGAAUGACAGAGGUGCUGACACUGAGGAGGACAGGUACAGGCCUUGGAUGCUUGUGGCACGUAGAAAACCUGUGCAGAAACGAACAAAUGUUACAGGUAAUUCUGAGGACCACGUUAAACAUGGAUUAGGCCAGUCAGUUAACGGGCUUAGGAAUGAGCCAAAUGGAAAUUCAUGGGGCUAG